GUUCGGUGUGGACGUGUGUUUUUUUUUGGCUGCGGCGCUUCCGCCAGCAGCAUUUGUUUUUCCAUUGCCGUGGGAAAUCGUUGAAAGCGGUCCCGCAGUCCCACUCCCUUUCGUACUUUUUGCAAUUACGGUGUAGCGUAAUUGGAAAGGUGUAAAUACUCAAUUUAGCACUGCAGUCGGGCACUUGAAGUAGGAAGUGCAGUUCGAUAAUCUGAAGGUUUCCGCCUUGAGCGACGCUUUAAUUAUUUAGCCUGUCGCAGAUUUAUGCCAUGAAGAUUGAUUCCUGGCAAUGAAGGCACUUGAAAUUAUAUAGAUACUCGGUGUCUCCGCCAGCAAAAGCGUGCCCCGACUUGAUAUGCGUGACAAGCAAACACCAUUAUCCCUGAAUGUCAGAAUUGCAAUGAAUUUUUGAUGUAUUUGCCGGAAUACAGUCCUUUAAAGCCGCUCGACUAAUGGCAGCGUCUGGUUUGCCAGUUGUUCCGGUUCUCAACACCUGUCAGAGUCAAGGCCCACGAAUUGGGAAUGUGAAUUUGGUAAAGGAAGUUGGUUUGGAGACGACCAUGGAACCCCCCACCAAGCCAGAGGUUGAAGCCCUUACGUAACGAGAUUGGAGACCGAUUUAGUAUCCACAAGUGCCUUGAGAGUGCCUGCAGGCUUUGAACCCUGACCAAGUAGUGCCUUGGGAGCAAAUCCCUGAUUGGAGAAGCCGAAAUGUCGGGAAAUUACCAGCGCCAGAGCCUGGAGCUCCGCAGUCCGCAACAUGGAGAUCCUGAUGGACGUUUGCGGAAUUUAUCGGGAUCGUCGGCCAGCCAGCGCCGUCGGCAGCAACGCGUGGCCCAGCAACGCCAGGACUCCUGGUUCCGGCACUCAAUGCCUCCGGCCAUUAACCGCGAUUUCGAGUCCCUGGAGCACCUGACUCCCCGCGCCUCGGAUGGCCUGGAUGCACUGGCCGCCUCCGUGUCGCAUAGUGUCCAUAGCGGUGGCAGCGUCACGCUUUGUGGGCCCACGGAUCACUCCAGCAUCCACCUAAACAGUGCCAACAGCAACCUGGGCUUCAUCGACUCGGACACGCCCAAUACCCCGGUGACCCCGGUCUCUGGUCUGCAGCCACCAGCGUCCGUGUCCACCUCUGUGGCCGGGACUCUCUCCUCCCAUCGCCGGUCGUCCAACCGCAAGGAUUCCAAGGGCUCCAUCCUAUCGCGGCAGAGCGGCAGGAGUCGGGUUUCCGUCCUGGCCCAUCGGGGCCUGCGAAUGACCGCCUCAUUUUUGCGAAGGAAGCGCACAGAGUACGAAGAUGAUGAGGACUUUACGUCGUCCGCCGGCUACGAUGCAGAUGAUGGGGAGAGGCGUGUCAUAGUCAUUAAUGGGCCACAGCCCUCUAAAUACUGUAAUAAUCGCAUAACGACGGCAAAGUAUAGUUUUAUCAGCUUUUUGCCCGCGUUCCUGUUUGAGCAGUUUCGGCGGUAUUCGAACUGCUUUUUCCUGCUAAUUGCCAUGCUGCAACAGAUUCCGGAUGUAUCGCCAACGGGUCGUUACACCACGUUGGUGCCGCUGAUGUUUAUCCUCUCUGUGAGUGCCAUUAAGGAGAUAAUUGAGGAUAUCAAACGACAUCGCGCAGAUAAUGAGAUCAAUCAUCGAAUGAUCGAACGCCUGGACAGUGGCUCCUGGAGCACAGUGCGCUGGUCGGAGCUGACGGUGGGCGAUAUCAUAAAAGUGGGGAUCAAUACCUUCUUCCCCGCCGAUCUGAUUCUCCUGUCGUCCAGUGAGCCGCAGGCCAUGUGCUUCAUAGAGACGGCCAAUCUGGAUGGGGAGACGAACCUGAAGAUCCGGCAGGGACUACCGGCCACCGCAGGACUGCUGGAGACGAAGGACCUGCAGCGACUGGAGGGCAGGAUCGAGUGCGAGCUGCCCAACCGGCAUUUAUACGAGUUUAAUGGGGUUCUCAAGGAGACCGGCAAACAAACUGUUGCCUUGGGCAAUGAUCAGGUGCUGCAGCGCGGCGCCAUUCUAAGGAACACGGCUUGGGUGUUCGGCAUCGUGGUCUACUCCGGCCAGGAGACGAAGCUGAUGAAGAACUCUACCUCGGCGCCACUGAAGCGCUCCACCGUAGACAAGCUGACCAACACGCAGAUCCUCAUGCUGUUCAUGAUCCUCAUCUCGCUGUGCAUUACCAGCGGUCUGUGCAACCUGUUCUGGACGCGGGAGCACUGGGAAACGGACUGGUACCUGGCGCUCAGCGACUUCAAGACCAGGAGCCUUGGCUACAACCUGCUCACCUUCUUCAUUCUGUACAACAACCUGAUCCCCAUCUCGCUGCAGGUGACCCUUGAGCUGGUGCGCUUCUUGCAGGCCAUCUUCAUCAACUACGACAUCGAGAUGUACCACGAGCAGUCGAACACGCCGGCCAUGGCCCGCACAUCGAACCUGAACGAGGCUGGCAUGGUCAAGUACAUCUUCUCGGACAAGACGGGCACCCUCACGCAGAACGUGAUGGAGUUCAAGAAGUGCUCCAUCGCCGGUUACGUCUAUACAACGGAGCGCACGCCCGAGGAGUCGCAGCUGGUGCAGAACAUUCUGAGUCGCCAUCAGACUGCCGCCGUGAUCGAGGAGUUCCUGGUGCUGUUGUCCGUGUGCCAUACGGUGAUACCCGAGCGCAAGGAGGACGGCACCAUCAUCUACCACGCCGCCAGUCCGGAUGAGCGGGCUCUGGUGGAGGGAGCCCAGAGAUUCGGUUACAUCUUCGACACGCGCACUCCGGAGUACGUGGAGAUCAAUGCGCUGGGCGAGCGGAAGCGGUACGAGGUGCUGAACGUCCUUGAGUUCACCUCGACGCGCAAGCGCAUGUCGCUGAUUGUCCGAACGCCGGAUAACAAGAUCAAGCUCUUCUGCAAGGGAGCCGACACGGUGAUCUACGAGCGGCUGGCUCCCCAGGGUCAAAACUUCCGCGACCAGACGCUGCGCCAUUUGGAGGAGUUUGCCUCGGACGGGUUGAGGACCCUCUGCCUGGCGGUGGCCGAUAUCCGGCCGGACGUGUACCAGGAGUGGCGCCAGACCUUCCACAAGGCUUCGGUGGCGCUGCAGAACCGGGAGAGCAAGCUGGAGGAUGCGGCCAAUCUGAUUGAGAACAAUCUGCGCCUCUUGGGCGCCACGGCCAUCGAGGAUCGGCUGCAGGAUGGAGUGCCGGAAACGAUUGCUGCCCUGCUGGACGCCGGCAUCUACAUCUGGGUACUCACCGGCGACAAGCAGGAGACGGCCAUUAACAUCGGCUACUCCUGCCGGCUGAUCAGCCACUCCAUGGACAUUAUCAUCCUUAACGAGGAGAGUCUUGAUGCUACACGCGAAGUCAUCCAUCGUCAUUACGGGGAGUUCAAGACCUCGACGGCCAAGGAUGCAAAUGUGGCGCUGGUCAUUGAUGGCACUACCCUGAAGUACGCCCUGAGCUGUGACCUGCGCAACGAUUUCCAGGACUUGUGCAUCCUGUGCCGCGUGGUCAUCUGCUGCCGUGUGUCGCCAAUGCAAAAGGCCGAGGUGGUAGAGAUGGUCACCCAGAGCACGAAGGCGGUGACCCUGGCCAUUGGCGACGGAGCCAACGACGUGGCCAUGAUCCAGAAGGCCAAUGUGGGCAUCGGAAUAUCUGGAGUGGAAGGUCUGCAGGCGGCCUGCGCCUCGGACUACUCGAUUGCCCAGUUUCGCUAUCUGCAGCGCUUGCUUCUGGUUCACGGCGCUUGGAAUUACGCACGCAUCAAGUUGAUCCUGUACAGCUUCUACAAGAACGUGUGCCUGUACGUGAUCGAGCUGUGGUUCGCCCUCUACUCCGGCUGGUCGGGUCAAAUACUGUUCGAGCGCUGGACCAUUGGCCUGUACAACGUGCUCUUUACGGCCAUGCCUCCGUUUGCCAUGGGACUCUUCGAGAAGUUCUGCACGGCGGAGACGAUGCUCCGGUAUCCACUACUGUACAAAACGUCGCAGAAUGCGAAGCUCUUCAACGUGAAGGUUUUCUGGAUCUGGAUAUUCAAUGCGCUGCUGCACUCGGUGUUCCUCUUCUGGUUGCCAUUGGCUGCCUACACCAGCGAGGUGAUCUGGGGCGAUGGCAAGACCAGUGACUACCUGAUGAUGGGCAACCUCGUCUACACGUAUGUGAUUGUCACAGUUUGCCUCAAGGCAGGACUCAUUACGAACUCGUGGACCUGGCUGACGCAUCUGGCCAUUUGGGGCUCCAUUGUCCUGUGGUUCGGAUUCCUACUGAUCUACAGCCAUGUGUGGCCGACCUUCAAGUUUGCCAGCAACUUCCGCGGCAUGGACAUCCAGCUGCUGUCGACGCCAGUUUUCUAUUUCGGCCUGAUGCUGGUGCCCAUCACCACGCUGCUGGUGGAUGUCAUCUGCAAACUCGUACACAACACCGUGUUCAAGACACUCACGGAGGCUGUUCGCGAAACGGAGAUCCGACGCAGCGACAUCUCCGAAGUGAUGAACGAGCCGCGUUCUUCAUUCACGGAAACGGCCCGGCUGCUACGUAAUGUCUUUACCCGUCGUGCCAACACGAGAGUCGAAACGGAGCUAGAACUAUCGCAUGGCUAUGCAUUUUCCCAGGAGGAGGGCGGAGCUGUGCCGCAGUCUAUCAUUAUACGAGCCUAUGAUACGAAUCUGCCAAAGCCCGAGGGAAACUAAGCCGGAAGUGCUGGGAGUAUGGAUCUCACGGUGCACAUGUAUAUAGGAAACCGCAAGGAGCAACGUCAACAUUUAGAUUUGAAUUGGUAUUUAGAAUUCACCAGAUAGGAGCACAUUUCUGGUAGGCCAAAAACACACACCACAUUUAUUCUCUAUGUGUCUUACACUUGCAGUAAUCGGAAAACAUUUCGUAGACGCCACACAACGUUGAAUAUUGCGCAUAUACGUUUAUCAAUCUUUGCUGUUAUUUAUUUUGUAAGAUCGAGAAAAGAACAAAAACAUAUUUAAGAGGCUAGAGUUCGGUCUUUCGUAUCUGUCCUUGUCCUUGGCGCAGCUUUGUGAUACGGAUACAGACUUGCAUUCUUUUUUUAAAGGUCUAUCUCUAAGUAAACUAUAAACAUUUGUACCUACAUAUGCAUUACAUUAUUGUGAAUUUCAAAAACAUAUUUAUGUCGGCAAAGAUUCUGUAUUUUUCGGUCACUGAACCAUUGAUAUUCAUAGGAAAUAAAUCAUAUUUCUCGUACGGUA